AUGUCUGAGCUGCAAAGGCUCUUCGCGGAGGAGCACGCCGCCCAGGCUAAUCAAGAAGCACAGCAACCACCUGCGGCGCCGGUACCAGCUCAAGCACAAGCCACGCCUGUGCAGAAUCAUGGCUGGUCGCUCCGAUACCCGGACGCCCGUCAAAAGAAGCUUGCGAUCCGCCCGUUCGACGGCAAGGAGCUGUACGUCGGGCUGGGCUCCCGACUUCCUGGACUGGGGCAGAAGAUUCGAGCGGCAGUAGACCUUCUCGGCCACUACCUGUCGGGUACGGUUGAGAGGUACUACAACAAGCAGGUGGACACGUGGUGGAACCAGUUGCCCACGUUGCAGUACGUCAUGGAACGGAUGUUGGACGCGUUCAAGACAAACAUUACACCCGCCCAAGCCAUGAAGCUCACUACAUGUACCUCGUGGCCAUCUCCGAGGCCACGGGGGGCGGCGCCGACUACUUGGUGCUGA